UCCCACUUUAAUUUACAAAAUAUACUUUUUAAAUUAAAAAAAUUAAAAUCUGAAGUUAUAGCAGAGCUAAACUAAGUAACUUCAAUAAAUGACCAUGCUGGGCCAAAAAUAUUGUAAAGUAAAGCUUUACCCAUCACCUCUGUGGGUUCAAGGAAAACAAUUACAUAUGCGUGGAACUCCUACCUCUUAGUUUAUAGAAUUACUGCUAAUCCACUGUUAUUCCUUCUCAGAAUGACUUUGUCCUGGAUAGCUUUUAUCCAUUUAUAAAAUAUAGGAAUUACAUUGUCAUAUGUUAAAUACCUUAAAAAUCUGGGUAAAAAUAGUUAAGCCCAAAGCAUAUGGUGAAGGUUAAAGAUGAGCUAAAUAUUAUCAUUCAUAUUAUUAGAACAUAGAAGUGUAUUUUGGAUAGACACCACUCACUUUUUCACACCCACCUUGUUAGCAAGCUUCAGUCUGGUUAGGGACUAAUAUUUGUUGGCUCAGUGUUGCAAGUGAAUCAUUUGCCAACAGAGUUGUGAGGGAAGAGGGUGGUACAUUUUGGAAGAAGAUGAUGCAACAUAUUAGUGAGCAACUUUGAAACAGGAGUUUUCAGAAAAAACAAGCCUGAGGCAGUGGGGAGGGGUUCUAUCAAAUGUUGUAGUAAUUUGUUAAUAAAAGUAAGCACUUACAAGUGGUAAGUUUACUCCAGCAAAGGUGUUGUCUCUGUUUGAGAACAGGCUGUGAGACAGAGUACUGCCUGGUCCCUGUAGAGAAUUGUCUUACUUCUUACAUUUUAAUGCUGGCUAAAAUGUAUUCCAUGAACUGCAAGAGCAAAGGAGGUGCAGAAUGGUUGUCCAUCUAUGAGUAAACUGAUUAAUCUUAUAACUCGUUUGCAUCACUUUAGGAAGAGAAUUACAGAAAUAUAAUAUUUAUGCAGUUCGUGCAAUGUCAACAUCUUUGUAUCAGUAAUUACUGUUUUUAUAGCAGGAUAGUUUUGAUUUUCAUUAAUUACUUUAUUCUGUAUAUCACUGGCCUCCAAGGAUGGUCCAGGGAUUACUGCAUCACACCACACCCUGAGCCUUUCCAGGCAAAAUGUGGAUGAUAAGAGCGCUGAAAUUUUGAGGGUUUUUGGAACUACUGCAGUAAAUUAUUCGUUAAACCUUAUCUUUCAGCUCAGUUCCCUUUGCAUUAUCAGGAAUGCCUAAAAUAUGAAUAUUGCAUGGUUUUGAAAAAAUUUCCAAAGGCUCACAUUUUCUAGAUAACAUUACAUUGUUCUUUAUCAGUGCUUCUGUUUAGUGAUUUCAUGCUUUCAAUUUGUCCUUGUGACUCAGCCAGCUUAUCACAAACAACUUCCAGAGGUUCAGUCGGAAUGACUUAUUUAGAACUUUCUGCUGAUGAAACACCAUCCAGUUUAGAAUCAAAUAAAUCACAUUUUGUUUGCAAGGGUUGAGCUGUAUUAACUCUAGUUAUCUGGAAGAACUUUCAAAAUAAAACUGGUAGCUAUGGUUUUAAAGGAAAUUAUUCUUUAGAUUGAUUGUAGAGCAUCUCUAAUGGAAAUAGAACUAAUAUACAGGGGGGAGUGGGGCGAGAACCAAACAUCCUCGUUUUCUGCUCUUUGUCAUUGCUGAUCAUAUGAGCGUUCCUGUGUUUAUAUUACACCUUCUCAAUCUGGUUUGUUUGCAGUUUUCAAGGAGAAAAAUGUUUACUUGUUUGCUUACCUGUGUUUGAGGAGGGGAUAUAGCAAAUGCUUCGCUGAUGCAAGAGCAGUAAUAAAAAUGCUCUACAUGUCUUUAACUGCGGGAGCUGUGAGGAUCCAGCUGUAGCAGAAAGACUAGCUUACAUUUGACUGGAUUACAAAAUUGAUACAAUACAACACCAGACUUUGGGGACCAGAUGCCAUUCCAUCUAUUAAGUGUCCAAGUGUAAUCUUGUUCCAUCUUGCUUGAGUCCUUGAAAAACUAUCAAUGUGUCUACUUUUAUCAUGUUAAACGUAAGACUGAGUCACAAAAAACAGCAAGAAUCCCACCCACCUUCUGUAUCAAUGGUUUUUCAGGGGUUUGAACAGGUUAGAAUAGGUUUGCGCUUACAUGCCAAAAUAUCAUUCAGACAUCUAAUAGGUGGAAUAGAAUCUAGCCCUCUGAAAAGCAACUACUCUCUUGCAUCUUGGCAUAGGUUGUGUGUCCAUGAACAAUUUACAUUUCUAAUAUUGGUUAAUCAACUGUUACCAAACGCCUCUUUUUUGGAGCUGAAAGAACAGAACAUGAAUGCAUUAUAGUGUAAAUGAACAUGUUUUCAGGCUAUUUGUGUUUAAAAUCUGGACAGAAGGAAAUCAAGAUGAUCAGUCAGGUUAUCAUAAAUCCACAUGUUGCAGAAAAUGUAAAGCGUGAUCAGAUAAUAGUAAGACUGGUUCUUCAGUUCCAAAAAUACAGAUAGUUACCACUUACAGUAAAACUUCUGUGGUUGGUACUAAUUGCGCAUGUUGUGUAUUUGUAGUCAUUUUAGUGAGUCCUGGAAAGAAAAGGGAUUGUUGAAUCUCUGAUAACUACUACAUUCCAAGUUUAUUUUAGGAGUUGGAUGGUAACAAAAACAGUCUUAAGCCCAUGGCAUACAUUCAUUUAAUGGUGCAGUAGGUUCUGAUUCCAGUUCUCACGCUUCCUGCCAUACAUGACAGGAGGCCUGAGUUUAGGAUUGGGGAUUAUAUCCCAGUUGUGCCAUUACUACUUGCCAGUGCAGGGGGAGCCCUGGCUUCCAGGUACAGGGGAUCGGAGGCUCCCAAUGGGUUUAACGUCUCCAUACAAUUCCUCCCUCUCCCUCCCCUCCCCCCGCCCCACAGGAGCCUUUGAUCCCCUGCACCUGAAAGCAUGACCAGAACUGCCAGAUGCAGGGUUUAAAGUCCCCAGAGGGAGAAACCCUUUAGCUACUUCCCUUCCCCAGUCUCAGGCCAGCACUGAAAAUGAGAAAAUUGUUGGUCUCAAAGCAACUGCAGACCCUAGUGCCAUCUGGGUAUCAGCUGUUUGUUGGCUGUGGCCGCACAUUAAACGUAAGGUACAAUACAAAUCACCAUUAAAAUGUUCAACAUUAUAUGAGGAACAUUUUUAUGGCUCAUUUCGUAUUUUACAGCACCUUAAACUGAGUGAAUCUGUGGCACCCUUGCCAUUUAUACUAUAAUUAAUAUGUUAUUCAUGGCUUAAAUACAAUGGGGGGGGGCAUUAGACUGAUUUAAAACAUCUUUUCCUUCAUUAUUUAUUUCCGUCUAUGAUGUUCUCAUUCUGAUAGUUGGCCAGUAAGUUACAAUUUCAGAAAAAUAUUAUUUGAGUGUUGGAAUUGGGAGUUUUUGGUAGGGAGAAAGGAACUGUGGAUUCAUGUAGGUUUCAUAAAGAUGGUGGGGGAAAAAGCAGCUCUCCCUUCUCCCCCACCACCCUAAUUCAAGUUGUUGAGUCAAUCUAAAAAAAUCACACCUUUUAUCAGUUUACUUGGUGCUUUUGACUAUGCAUGUUUUGUUUCACUGUUCUGCUUGCCUAAUCAAUCAGUUGUUUUUAAUUAUAAAGUUAUUCACACUGCAAUGAAAGCAGCUUAAAAAAUCAAAAAUAUGAUUUUCAUACUGCAAAAGUUGACUAAGCCACUCGGGUAAAGUACAUCUAAAGCUACUAUUAAACUUGCUCCUGAAUUGAUUAGUUUUCAAAUUGAUGAAGUACCUUUUUACUAAAUGGCAACAAUACUUUUAUUGCCAGAAAGAAGGGGAAAGGGUUCUUUCCCUUAAAUUUCCAAGAGGUCAUGGAAAUAAGGUCUACCAAAUUCCAUCUUUCUACAGUCUGAAGAAGUUGAGGGAGGUGCAUAUAUGUGAAACUAGUGGAUGGCAAGUGUUCUAGAAUAAGAUGAGCUGAAGAAUAGCAGGACUGUUCCACAUGCAGCAGUAUUUUAGAUAGGUGAUGAGUAUUUAAUUAAGUACCUUAUUUACCCUAAUCCAAGAUUGCUUUGAAUUUAAGAUGAACCCCACAAUAAUUAGAUUCUAUACAUGAAAAAUAAUACAUUUGUUAUAAUUUUCCAGGUAUAGAAUCUCAUUAAUUGGAAGUCAUCUUAAAUCUCUCCUUCCUCUCCCCCUGCCCCUUCCCUCCUCUCCCCCCAACACCACCACUUUGGCAGUGGAAGUAGCAGCAGUGGAGCAGGCAGCUUGAUCUCUGCUUUUGCCUGAAAUACCUGUGCCCUCCAGGGCAUGCCCCUUUGCCUGUCCCAUUCCCCCACCCCUCCCCACCACUUGUCCUUCCUCAGUUCUUUCCCCCUUCUACCUGCUGCCCUGGCCCUUUGCAGUCACAGCUGCCUGUCCCCCUAUUGUAUCUGCCCCCCUCCGCACCCCCCCAACUGCUGCUUACCCUAUGUGGCAGUUGUGGCUGUAGCCCAUGGUGGCUCUGGCUUCAAGUAGACAGCAGCAGUAGUGGCAGCUCCAUCCCUGGGCCUGGACCAUAGCUGGAGUCACAGCAACUCCUGUGCCACUUUGCAAUCUCUGCAUGGUUGCCCCUGCCCCCGCACCACAUGGUCUUCCCCACAUUCCCCUUCAUGUACCACCUGAUUUCCCCAGGUUCCACAUGAUCUCUCCCCCACCCCUCCCUUGCACUACAAUGUCCCCCACCUUCCCCCUCUUCCCUGCACAGUCUCUCCCACACUCCCCCCCUCUGCUUGCCUCCUUCCCUGCUGCACAAACCAUCUCAGCCCAGCUCUGGCCCCAGAACAGUACUCAGAGAUGAGGCUCCCCCACCCCCCACUCCCCCGGUCAAAUGGGUGAAAAAGCCUCAUCUUGGAUUUGAGUAAAUAUGGCAAUGUGUGUCCUUUAAUUGUUUAAACCUGUGAAUGAACAAGAAUUAUCACUAACAAAGAAGAAAUUCUCCAAUGUAAUUGAGAAAAUGGCUUCUUACCACAACAGCGUAACUAGGGCAGGGCGAGGAAGCAGUAUACCACUCAUGAAUGUAGAUUUAGAGUACAUGCCACAGUGGCGGCCCCUAGGAGCCCAUGCAAUAGCAGCAGCUGCUCGCAUACAGAAAGCCUGUGCAGCAGCAGUGGGAGUCUCCAAAAUCAAGUCAGACCCUGGCAAUUUAACCACCCCCCUCCCACCCACCUGCCUGCUCUUUAGCAUCUUACCUGAGGGUGCAUGCUUCCGUCUUACUACGUCUUCAGUGGCAGAAAAUUCUUCACCUCAGUUAUCCUGUAAAGAAACCAAAGAAUAUCUUUCUAUGUUAAACUUUAAUACGUUCUCCUGUUGCUGCCUAGACUUUUAUAAUUCCUCUUUGAUACUGACACAAUAGGGUCCCAGUCCAGCAUAGAUGCCUGUACUUAGCUUUAUUUCAACACAGUCUUGAAACAAGUUUAGCAUUCCUGAUUUUUACUGAUGGCUUAAUAUUUCUUAUGGACUUCACGGACAAGCAUAUUUAGGCUGUUUAUGGAUCGUCCAUAAAUUUCAGGACAGUUGGUGAUGAUAACUUUCUUUGUUCAUAGAAUCAUAGAAGUAGGGUCGGAAGGGACCUUGUAGAUCUUCAAGUCUGACCCCCUGCCUGGGCAGGAAGAAAACUGGGCUCAAAUAACCCCAGCCAUGUAGGCAUCAAGCCGCUUCUUAAAGGCCCCCAGGGUAGGAGCCAGCACCACUUCCCUUGGAAGUUGGUUCCAUAUCCUAGCCACCGUAACUGUGAAGUAGUUCUUACGGAUGUCCAAUCUAAACCUACUCUCCAACAACUUGUGGCCGUUAUUCCUCGUUUCCCCUAGCGCCCCCCCAGGGAUAACAAGGUCUCCCCCAAACCCUUCUGGUCCCCCCUAGUGAGUUUAUAGAUGGUCACAAGGUCCCCCCUCAGCCUCCUCUUGUGAAGGCUGAACAGGUUCAGGUCCCGUAGCCUCUCAUUGUAGGGUCUGCCCUGCUGUCCCCAGAUCAUGCGGGUGGCCCUCCUCUGGACCAUCUCAAUGUUGUCCACAUCCCUCUUGAAGUGGGGUGCCCAGAACAGUGUCACGUAGAGGGGGAGGAUCACCUCCUUUGUUCCGUUUAAACUUGUGAAAAAUCCGCUUAAAAAACUAAAAAAAAAAAAUUUAAAAAGCAGUCAGUUUUAGCAUUUUGCUAUUUAACUUUUUGGAUUGCCUUUGCUCUGAUUUUUACGACUUGCUUUCCCUAAGAAACAGGUCAAAAUAUAGGUUAUUUUUCCCUAGCAAUCCAUCAGUUAAUCACAGCAGCAUAUUAAGAUCGCUAUUACCACAAAGUUUGGAUUUCAGAAUCUAUAAUUUUUAUAAGAAGUGUAAUUACUAGGCUUAGUGAUGUUCCCUUUCUUAUUAGAAUCUUCAAUAAUUCAGCAAAGGACUCUGCUUUUAAGAUGAUUAGCUUUUUGAUGAUUCAUUUGGAUUCUGGGAAUUAUUUGUUUCCAGGUGCUCAUGUCAACAUCCAUGUCUUCCACAGCACUGAAUUAAUAAAGAUAUUAAUCUCUGCAUUAUUGAAUGCUGUCCUAUAGAUUUUCAUAUUUUACCACUUCUGUCAGAAAGGUGCAUUAAUUGAUGUAAUAAGUAUUCUAUUUUAAUUAUAGGAUAACUGGCUGUGGUCCUGCAUCUUAUCCUACCUUAUAUUUAUAGGAAGAAUACAUUACUUCUCGCAUAAAAACAGGGAGUUUGAAGUCCAGACUUUCUCCUUUGCCUAAACCAAGGUUAUGUCAAUUUCUUAAUUAAAGUUUUAAAGUUUCAAGCUGGCAUUGCUAAUGCCAUAUUUUUAUUACAGGCUUCUGUAAUCUUCCAUUGGCUCUUAGUUUUAUCUUUCAUAAUGUGAAAGAUAAAACUAAACUAAAUAUGACCAGUAAAUGCAGUCCAUCUUCGUCUCUUUGUUCCCAUGUUACUUUUCUAAUAUAUACACUUCCCUAAGGCUGCCGUUUUUUGGCUCGUUUCUGACCUAUUCUAAUUAACGUUUACUCUGGCUGAAGAAACUCUGCCAUCUAUUCCAACUCUGAAGGAAGAAAUGUCUUCCUGUUUGUAAAAGAUUGUCUCUUCCCAUCCCCCACUUCACUAUAGGUAUCUAUAUAAUGUGCACAGCUGGGCACAUCUUGGUUUCCAGAUCCAUGGUCUGCUUCUCCCGUAAUUUCAGUGGUUCCAUUAAAAACUACAGACUGCCUGUGACUUUUAUGACCUAUGCAAAUUACCAUAUUAUCUUGCAUAUAUCAUACCUUCAGAUUAGAUACAUACCUUGUCUUUGAAAGGCAGAAUGAAGAAAAAUAUACACUUCCUUGAAAAUAAGGUCAGAACUAUAUUUUCCCUACAGAAUAUGCAGGUAGCUGCAGUUGGGAAGGAGCAAAAUAUUGUGGCUGCUCUGUUAACCUUCUAGCUGCAGAACACUGCAGGUACUGCUGGCUAAGCCAAAAAUGCCUGACCCCUCUUCUCUUCUUGAGAAGCUGGGUGGACAGCGCAACAGUGCCUGUCCAGCUUCUGUAGCAUGAACCUCUGAAAGGGAAAAUGUCUGUAGCCAGCAGCUAUGGAGCCCCUGUUCAGCACACACAGACUUACUUUCUCUUUUUCCUGGUAGAAGUUCAUGCAGCAGAAGCUGCCAUAUUUGUUAACUUAAAAUGCACAUCCCAAUUCCCAGCAGCUAGUAAAAAGAUGCAAGUAAAAAUGGCAAUAUCAGGAUAUUCCCAAGCAUACAUCUCAUACUUUUAGGCUGACUAGUUUUUCUAUUUCUUUUUUUCUUAAUACAAAAAUCUGUGAUCCUUCAUAUGGUCCUUUGUCAGGAGAUUAUAGAAAAACCAGACAAGAUAACAAGAGGUCAGCUAGUCCAUUCUGGCAAAACUCACAAAUCAAGGCUAUCCCUGGCAAAUAUUUCUUUAAUCUACUUUAAACACUUCCAAGAAGGGGAUUCCACAGUCUCCCUUAUGUAUCCUGUUUCAGUGUUCCACCACCCUUACAGUUUAAAAAGUUUUUCCCGGUAUAUAAUGUGGUAUUUUGUUACGGAUGAAUAUAGCUAUUCAUCCUAGGUCAGGUUUUCAAUGCCUUAUAUCAUUUGUGUGAUUGUCUUCUCUACUGUCUCUGUUCGGAUAUGUUUUUUCUCAAUACAAGGCACAGAAUUGGCUCUCCUAAUUGUUGAAGUACCAUUAUUAAAGAACCAGUUUCUGAUUUCCCUAAUAUGUCAUCAUGUGCUAAACUGAUCCUUUGAGGGUCUGAAUAUAGCAGUCAAGUAGUAUUUCAAGCUUCUGGCAUUUGAGAUAAACAAAUUAUAAGCGUAUUCUAGAAAGCAUAUCAUUUACAUAACACUAAGUACACAUAACAGCUUGUGCUCCUUACCACUGGCACCCAGCUAAUCCCUCUUCAGCUAUGGAAGACUUUAAGAAAAGAUAAACGGUUUUCUUUUCUUUUUUACUCUUGAUGUGGUAGUCUUUUAAGUUUUCCUUUCCUGCCUCCCCAGUAUAGGAUUAUCUGGUAUACUUGUUUCCCUAAUAUAGCAUUACUGGAAUUUUCUCUUGGUAACAUGAGAGAGACUCUAGCGUGGGUCAACCUGUGGAUUGCAUUUGACCCAGAGAACCACAGGGCUUUGCCUGUGCCUAUGCCUGGGUUGUGGCAGAGUAGCUGGGGAGCUGGAAGCUGUGCCCACGCUGCUGCCUUCUUCACCACCCUCCUUCCCAAAGCGAUGCUGUGAGUGCAGGUUCCAGUCAGAGCUAUGCAGGGGCUAGGCCGGGGGCAAGGAGAAACGGCAGCAGUGUGGAAGCAGUGUCCAUCUGCUCAGACCCUGCUCAGCUCCCUCUGGUUGGAAGUUGCCCUCGCACCGCAGCUGGGGAGUGGGCUGCUAGGAGAAGCAACAGCAGUACUAACAUAGUUCCCAACUGCGUGGCUCCAGUGCAGGCAUAGGAAAACCCUGCUACUGAAUGUGCUGCUGAAGCCACCCAGCCCACACUGGACUGAGGCUGUUUUGUUCUGGCCCACAGCUUGAAAAAGCUUGCUAGCCCCUCCUCUAGGAGUAGGACACAGCACACUGGUUGAGAAUCACUGCCCUAUAUAAACCUUCUGUGGUUACUAUCAGUUCACCUUAAUAUCUUUCUAAAUAAAAAUGUCCAAAACGCUGUUUGAAAAUCCAUUAGUCUCUACAAAGAUAUUUCCUACCCAUAUCAUAUUAAUUGUUCCUGUAAAUCUUGUGGUUUAUGCUCUGUGAAGGUCAGACAGGUAUGGAAUAAUUUUAACUGUUUCUCACUGCACAUGAUAACUAGCAGAAGAAAAAUGUUUCCUGAUUAUAACUACUUACUGAUAAGUCAUUUGAUGUAUUCCUAUCAGUGAAUUUUAAUAAUUCGAAACAAUUACAAUUAAAAAGAUGCCAAAUACAGUUGAAAUAUUGCUGAAAUAGUAGUAUGUGGCUCUUUUUUACCACUAUGAGACUCUUAAGAGACCCUUAUUAUUAAGUCUACUGUAACUUUUCUCCCAGCAUAAUCUGACUAUCAUUUAUUUCCAUUAUUAUAACAACCAUUUUAAAAUACUAAAAAAAAAAAAAAGAAAGAAAGAAAAAGAACAUAGCUCCCAGAGAGGAGGUAACACAGAAAGCACCUUGAAUACAGGCGUCUUUAUAUGGAAAUUGCUUAGAGCAGUUCUGUUCUAGUAAUGGAAUUAACAGUGAUUGAUUGCAAUCCAUUUUUAUUAACUGGCAAAUGAAAAGCACUAUAAUAAUAUUAAGAAAAUUAAUUGCAAUUUUCUAGCCUGAAAAUUAAUGUGCUACUGGGCAUGAGUACAGUUAGUGCAAUUCAGUGAUUUAGCAGUCAUGACAAAUUUCUUUAUCUGUGUUAAGUUAGAGAACUGUUGUUUUAUCUUGACUCAGAUUUGAGUAUUGUAAACACUUCAGGAAAGCUUUAUGUUAAAAGUACAGUACUAAAGAUAUCCUUUCAUUCUUAAAAUGUCCAUUGAAAUUCAGUUGUAUUAUGUAAAAUACUUUGAGUCCCCCUCUUUGUCUGUUCCAUACUAUGGUCUUUUAUGGAACAUUUGUAUAAAACAGUGAUUACUGGUAAUUGACCUGCAUAUGUUGAAUAAUCUUAAAAUGCUACUGAGAGUUUAAUGUACCUUGUAAAUUGAGAGGCUUCCAAUUAAAUAGAGUUCUUAAGAUAAUCACUUUCAAAAGUAAUCAAGCAAUAUAACGAUGUUACUAAAACUCUUAUCGACUUAAUUGUGACAAAUUAAUAAACACAGCCAAUGCAAUUACUAUAAUGAUUUUGUCAGCUUGCAUUUUUCAUAACUUAUCCAUAAAUACGUUUUCUACAACACACACAGAAAGUACAAAAUACUUAAGUGUAUUAACUUUGCACGUAAGUAAACAAGACUCAGACUACUUUUCAGAGAAUCUAACUUCAAUUUGCACUGAAAAAGUUCUACCAAAAUCCUGCUUUAUUUACUGAGGGGAAAAUCGUACCAUGCCUGCUGAGCAGUGAGACAUAACAAUGAGUGAAUACAGUUUGUUCUGUGAUCAGUUGGCCGUUUCAGCCCACUCAACACAUUUCAUCAUUAAAAUUAGAGAACAGCACAUCCUGCAUUCUUUCAAGGAGCUGGACUAAAUGACCCUUGAGGUCUCUUUCAAAUCUCCGAUUCUACAGAAAUCCUUGCCGACUGGAAAAAUGAAGAUUUUGUGGCUUAAUAGAUAAACCAUCUGAAGUUUGUUCUGUAUGAGCAAACCACAACUUUUUCAAAUGCAAUAAGUUGUUUACUCAACUACUUAGCUUUUCUGGAAAUAGAAAUCCUAUGGGUAAGAGAUGCCUAUCAGUGCCUGGUUACUGAUAGGGUGGCAGAAGUCAUUGAAGAUAAUGUUCAGAGAACAAAACCAAAAAUAAAACCAAAAUAACCAGAACUAAAACAGGAAUCCAUGGGGUUAAAAUGCAUUUUAAAAAUACCACCACAGCCAGACUAGUACAUACCUAAAAUGUUCACCAAAUGUCUGAGUGGAAGCCCUGGAAGCCUUUAAGCCAAUGGUGCUCAACCUUUAUGGCUGGCAGACCAGAUGGGCAGUCCCUGAUUCCUCCACAGGCCAGAUCCCACAGGGCUCCAUUGAGCUAUGCCAUGGAAGGGGCUUGGAUUGGGCCCACGGGGAGGAGGGGCCAUGACCCAGCCCUGCAGGGGAUGGGGCACAGCUCCAACCUGGCCAAGCGAAGGGAAGGGGUCAUAGGCCAGCCCCAUGAGCUGGAAGUGGGAAAGGAGGGGGCAUGGCCUGGCCACAAACUAGCCAUAUGGGGAUGAGACGUGGCCCAGCCGCAUAAGAGGAAGGGCGCGUAGCCCUUCUCCAAACCGGCCACAUGGAGGGAAGGGGGCAUGGCCUGGCUCUGAUCUGGCCAUGUUAGUCUGGCCGACUCACCCCGCAGGGCUUGAGAUUUUGGCAGUGGGAGGGGUGGCAGUAUUAACUGCCACUGUUCCCCCAUUGCCAAAUUUCCCAACCUGUCAGGAGCCCCACAGGGUGGAUUCCAAGGCUCUGCAGGCUGCAUUUGGUCCAUGGGCCAGAGAUUGAGCACCCCUGCUUUUAAUCAAUUACAACUGAUGCCUUAACCAACUUCUAAGAAAUGCUAUCAUGCGGAGAAACUUUUUUUUAUUGCGGCCUUCAAAAAGGAAAAUCAGAAAAACUAAUAUAAAUUGAAAUGCAUGUUAGAUUAACUUGACCUUUGGGGAUGAAGUGAAUCCAUUUCACUUGUUUGUUGUUUUUUUGCAUUGUAUUAAAAAACUUAAAUGCAGAAUACAGAGCUGUGUGGAGCUAGCCAGUAGAAAAUGCUAAGCCUAGUGAGGGGAUCUGUCUGAACUCCUUGCUGCUCUCUGGAAAUUAGUUGCUUCACUCUGUAUGAACCUGCAUGGAGGUGCCACUGUCCACUUGGAAUCUGUAGCUUGAACUUCUCUCCUGAGGUGAUGCCUGCACUCUUUUCUUUCAGGAUAUGGCCACUAGCAGUGUCAGUAUCCACUUUGUUAUGAAAUAUUCCAUGUCCCCUAUGAAUGCUGUAACUGGUAGGAUAAGUGGUCUUCUCAGUCCAAGCGGGGAAGCAGGGGAGGAUGUGGUCAAAUUGCAACCCAAACUAACCAGGCUAUAAAUGCAUCUGGAUGAAGGCCCUAUCUCUGAAGUUGUACCACUGUUCAGCAGUGAAUUGCAAGAUGAUUUAGAUCUGAAAGAGUGAUUUUUAAACCUAUGCAUCUCAAUCAGAGGUUAGCAACCUACCUCCUGAAGGCCAUAUAUGGCCUGCAGAGUAAUGGUAUCUGGCCUGUGAAGGCCUGAUUCAGCCACGGUGGCAUGGGGGAUAAAGCAGCCCUUCUCCACCCUGCUCUGUGUCACGAAUCACCUCUGCAGAGCCCCAGUACUGCAACCCUCCCACCGGCUUUCCGUCAUCCCCUGCAGCAGGCACUGCUUAAUCUUGCAACUGAAUUUAUCCUUUCCAACUGCCAAUGGGGAUGGGAAUUGGUGGCAUGUGGCACAGAGGGAGGAAGCAGCGACACGUGGUGAAGGAGGCAUCAGAAGGCUUGGGCAGUACAAGGGGAGGGUCUUCAAUGGUCAGGGAAAUCGGCAGCCUACCCACCGCUCAUAAUAGAAUACUAAUCCCUGGUUUAAAUCGUGUCUCAGCUAGGAGAGGGGAGUUCCUGGGGUUAUGAUCCCAACAAAUUUAAAUGAAAAAUUACUAUUCCUCCCUGACCAUUGGGCAGGCUCAUCUAUAGCACUGCUUAAAAAAAUUAAUGGGCAAAUAUUUAUUAUAAUUGGAUGUUAAUGGUAGCUGUAUACUGUGCAUCUUCAUAGAUUUCAUAGACAUUAGGGCUGGAAGGGACCUUAGAAGAUCAUCGAGUCCAGCCCCCUGCCUCAGGGGCAGGAAGUCAUCUAGGGUCAAAGGAUCCCAGCAAGAUAAGCAUCCAAACAUUUCUUAAAAGAGCCCAGAGUAGGUGCUUGCACUACUUCUGGAGGGAGUCUGUUGCAGCCCUUGUGGGCUCAGACAGUAGUUUUUCCUUAUGUCCAGCCUAAAACAGUGUUAAAGGAGUUUGUGACCAUUGGAACUUGUCAUCCAAGGAGGUGAUACUUCCCCUCUAUCGGGCCCUGGUCAGACCGCAGUUGGAAUACUGCGUGCAGUUUUGGGUGCCACACUUCAAGAGGGAUGUGGAUAACCUGGAGAGGGUCCAGAGAAGGGCCACUCGUAUGGUUAAGGGCUUGCAGGCCAAGCCCUAUGAGGAGAGACUGGGGCACCUGGACCUCUUCAGCCUCCGCAAGAGGAAGUUGAGAGGCGACCUUGUGGCUGCCUAUAAGUUCAUCACGGGGGCACAGAAUGGAAUUGGUGAGGCUUUAUUCACCAACGUGCCCCUGGGGGUUACAAGAAACAAUGGCCACAAGCUAGCAGAGAGCAGAUUUAGAUUGGACAUUAGGAAGAACUUCUUCACAGUUCGAGUGGCCAAGGUCUGGAAUGGGCUCCCAAGGGAGGUGGUGCUCUCCCCUACCCUGGGGGUCUUCAAGAGGAGGUUAGAUAAGCAUCUAUCCAUCUGCAGCCUCACCAAGGCCAAGUACAGUGGGAUGAUCUUGUGAAAGGGCGAUAGUGCUGUUUGGGGAGGGGGGGAGUUGUUUUUUAUUAUUAGUCAGUCAGAAGCCUGUUGAUGUCAGUCACAGAUUUCAGGUCAGUGCAGGGGCUAUAGUGGUGUUUGGGGGUGGGAAGUUGGUUGAUUGUUUUUUAUCAUUAGUCAGUCAAAAGCCUGCUGAUCCCAGUCAGAAGUUUCAGUUCAGUGCAGCAUCUUGAUGUGUUAGUCUGUAUAAAUAGCACCAAUAAACAAAAAAAAUCAUUAGAGCAGGUCCAGCAGAUUGACAGAUUUUCUGCUCAGCCUUUUGGGAUGUCUGCUUAAAACUUUUCAUUCUCUUGGGGGCCCAGCAUCAUGGGGGGCAGAGCAUGCAUACAGUACAUUCCAUAAGGAGCACACACCAUUAGAACCUUGGAUUGUUUCCACAUACAUGCAAAUAUUAGAAUGCACCGUCAAGGAGCAGCACAGCACAUUCUGGUGUUCCACAAAUACAGGAAAGAAAGCAGACCUCUUGCUAAGUGGGCUGUCAUCUCUGGUUACAGCACACCCCCGAGGGAGCAUUCAGGGUGGCAGCAAGAGGCCCCAGGCUACAGUGUGGCUCAGUUCAGGGUAAGAGCAGCCAGGCAGGGCGAUGUUGUAGCCGCUUACCCCAAGCCAGGCAUUGUGGCUGGCCCCAGCAGAGUGCACCUGCCUCCUUCAGUCCAGCCCAAUGGCCACCAGCAGUAGGGAUGCCAUCUUGUGGUACCAGAACAAGAUUGGGGCCUACAACCAGCAGAUCUGGGAGAAGUCACUGGAGCAGAGUAAGAUCAAGGGCUUCAGUAACAAACCCAAAAAGAGAGGCUACAAGCAACCAGACCUAAUAGAUGUUGACCUAAUCAAAGGUUCCACAUUUGCCAAAGACAAACCUGCAAGCCCAUGGACAUCGCUAACUGGCUGCACUAGCAAAGGGAUUGUGCGGGUUGUGUUUUUUCCACUUUUCAGCCAUUGGUGGAUACAAGUUACAUCCCAGCAUAUUUUUAUGUGGCUUCUGGUGCUUUAUCUUAUGCAAGUGCUUGCAGUUGUGUUGUAUUUCCUGAAACCUGUUGUGAGUGCAAGUGAAAUCAUUGGAUCAGUGUUCCUUAUGCUACUGACAGGAACUGUUCAUUGUCAGAUAGCAUCUACUGAGAAACACAAGCCCUCCAGAAACCGCAGAAUCACCAGCAGCAACAGGAGGAGAAAAUUAAACAAAUUGGCAGGUGCAGAUGGGUACAGUGUUUCUGGCAGUUGUUCCUCUUCUGAUAAAGCCACUGAAGGAGAAGAGCAAUCAGAACUUCUAUCCCUUAUCCAUAGUUUGUUUGGCCUGGUCUUCCAAAGGAGUUUCAGGAGGGUGAAACUGGUAGCUGAAAAUGGGACUGAAACAGAAAAUGGUGCAAGUUCUGGGCAUAAUGACAUUAAACAUCGGCAUCCCAGAUCCAAAUAUAAGCCACAACACUUUGAAGAAAAAGAAAAACUUUCAGAUGAGGAAAAGAAACAUUGGGAUGCCAGUGUGCACCUGGGUGGCAUAUCUGAUGAGGUGUCAAGCAGUGAGGAUGCUGAAGCUGUGGCACAGAGAGCUUUAUUACUCAGAAGCAUAGAAGGAAUGUCCAGUGACAAUGAAAAUAAGAACAGGAAGCCUCUUAUUUCUCUAAAUCAGCCAGUCUCACAAGUUAAGCAAACCAUUAAAGAUACCAGAGGGUCUAACAGUGUGGUAGAAUCUGAAGUAGAAUCAACAAGCUUAAAUCAGGAGACAAAAUCUUGUUUCAGUUCUGGGUCCCAGAGCUGCAAUGUGUCCCAGAGGGACUUGGAGAGCACCCACUAUGAUUCAGAGACAGAGGACAUGCUUUGGGAUGACCUACUUCAUGGUUCAGAAUGCCAUUCCUCCUACACUAGUGACAGUGAAGCAGCUAAUGCAAGAGGAAGUAAACGGGACUUGAAAGAUGAUGUUUUCCAACAGAACCAUUUGUUCUGGCUUCAGAAUACAAGCCCUGUAUCUGCAAAAGUGAGCGCUCUAAUCUGGGAGGGGAAUGAAUACAAGAAGGUGGACAUGUCUGUGUUGGAAAUCAGCGGCAUAAUCAUGAGCAAAGUUAAUGCCUAUCAACAGGGAGUGGGCUAUCAGAUUCUUGGAAACAUUAUCACAAUAGGGUUAGCAUUUCUUCCUUCCCUCUUCCGACUCUUCCAUACAAAAAACUUUGAGCAGCUGCAAUCUGUUUCUGUGGAGGAACUAUGGAAUUUCUUCUGUGGGGGACCUAUUAUUACCCCUGUCAUUGUCUUGUCUGUGAUUAACUUCCUUGAGCGUCUGUGCCUAACCUGGAUAUUUUUCUUCAUGAUGUGCGUUGCUGAGAGAACUUACAAACAGCAAUUUUUGUUUGCCAAGCUUUUUAGCCACACCACAUCUGCUCGGAAAGCCAGGAAAUAUAAAAUCCCCCACUUCAGGCUCAAGAAGGUGAAAAAUAUUAAGAUUUGGUUGUCCCUUCACUCCUAUCUUAGGAGGCAAGGGCUCCAGCGAUCUGUGGACAUAGUUGUAUCAUCUGUUUUUUUACUGGCUCUUUCAAUCGCUUUUAUAUGCUGUGCACAAAUUCUAAAAGGUCACAAAACAUUCCUGAAUUUUGCUUACAACUGGGAGUUCCUUAUCUGGGAAGCAGCCCUCCUCCUCUUUUUACGUCGCCUGGCUUCACUGGGCUCUGAAACCAACAAGAAAUAUAGUAAUACUUCAAUCCUGCUCACUGAGCAGAUAAGCUUGUGCCUAAGGAUGGAGAGGAAGCCAGACAAGAAAGAACAGUUCUCACUAGUGAACAAUGUUUUAAAACUGUGUACAAAACUCCUGAAUGAGUUAAAUACACCCUUUAGACUCUAUGGUCUGACCAUGAACCCUUUAAUCUACAAUAUCACAUGCAUUGUGAUCCUGUGUGCUGUUUCAGAUGUUAUAAGUGAUCUUGGAUUCAACAUUGGAUUAUGGAAGAUUAAACCAUAAACUGAUCAAACAUUGUAACUCAACAGUUUUUCAUCCAUCCAGAGAGGCAGGCCAGACAAAAGACAGACAUUGGUUUGAUUGCAGACUUCUCUGGCAGAUUUCUUUAACCAGUAUUUCUCAGUAUUUCCCUCAAAUAUUUCUUACCUUGAGGUUUGUUUUGUUUCAAAAGUUCAUCCAUGCCUUAUUUCAUCACCUACAAAAUAAACUAGUAAAGCCAAUCCAUGAUUUGAACAUCUACGAAACAAAAAUUUAGUGCUUUCAGCAGGAGUAUGCUACACACCAAAGAGAGGCAUAAUCUGUAGUUUACACUGAAGUCAGUGGGAACCACAAUCAGUGCAUGUAAUGCUAUGAAAUUCUGUAUCAAUCAGCUUACAUGUGCUGGGGGGGGUCACAGCCCUGUUUAGCGUAUUUGCAGGUCUAGAUCAGCAUAACCAUGGCCAGCUGGUCAAUUUGCUGUGAGAACAUCUCCAAUUCUUUCAGCUAAACAUGUCUAGUUUCAUCUUGGGAAGAAGCCCUAGUUACUGCUGGGGUAUGACAUUGCUUUGGUAAUUAAAGUUAAUGUGUUAAUGAAUUCAUGCCAGGAGUGACUUUCCUAUAAACUGCCCUGGCCAAAUGCACCACAGCUGAGCAAAAUAGUCAGCUGCUGGUGGUGAAAGAUGCUUGAGAUUUUGCUGUUGAUGCCUUGCUCUUAAUUAAACAUUUGUCCUUGCUCUUUCAAUCAAGCUGUAUUUCUCUUUUUCAGUAGCGUUCCAGAGUCCUAUUUAAAUUAGUCAAACUUAUGCAUCCUAAAAGAUGCCUGCAAGUGUGUACUCAGGAGUAUUUCUUCACUUAAAGUUAGUAUGCUCUGGCUGGAGACACCAAACCUACUCUCAGCCUUGUCUCUUUAUCCUGAGCUACUGAAGAAUGCAGUGAAAUUUGGUGCGUGCAAGAUGAAUGUUGCCCCUAAAGGCACUUGAGCCUUCAGUUGCAUAGCAACACUAAUGCAGAUUCAUACUGAAAUACUGCUUACAACUUGGUCUGUUGCACGCCAGGAUAGAGGAUAGUUUACUCUAAUUUCAUGAGAGGAGUUCAGUACAUGAACUAUAAACCUUCGUAAAACAAGCAGGUGUAGGGAACAAAUAUGAUUAUAUUAACAUAUAAAACUCCUUAAACCAAUCAUGCCCAAACUUUUGGCCCUGUCAACUGGAGAAGUGGUGCAGGGUUGGCUUGCAGGCUUUGUCCAGCAUGCCUCCUAAAUUGGACUGCAACCCUGACCAUGUGAAUACCAGAUUGGGCCCUAUGCUCCAGCUUGCACACACUGGAUCAGGCCUUCUAUCCAGGCCCUGAUCCUGUAUGUGUCUGAUUAGGCCCACUGCCCUGGCUCUGCUCAUGCUGGAUCAGGCCUACUAUCCCAGCCCUGUACAUGCUGGCCCUGCCUUGCACACAGCACCUGUUAUCUAGCCCCCAGAGCUUGGAAAUUUUGGUGGUAGGGAAGCAUUUGCAGCAUUAAUUGACACCACUCCCUCAACGCCAGCCAAAUUUCCUGACUGUUUAAGCAGCCCCACCUUAAACUACACUGGAGGUUAUUAAAAAGCUAACUAUUGCAAAAGGACACAAUUCUAAUUGCUGACUCAUGGCAGCAAGUUAUGAGGAAGUGGAUCAAAGCACUCUGGUAAGUAUUGAAGCUUUCCACUUCAUAGUGCCUUACUCCGUAGACAUACCUGCUUCAGAAGCGUAAAACCCAAUUCCUCAAUGACUAGGCGAAGACUAAGGCUAUGACAAAACUGAAAGGCAGAUGAAUUGCUGAUCUCCCAGUUUGCUGAUUUUUUUUUUUUUUUUCUUUCCCUGUGUUAUUUAUAAAGAAGCCUCCUUUGGAGAUACCAGAUGCCUGUAGACGUGCAAGGACACUGCUCUGACGUGCUGUAAUUACAGUGAAUCGAAGCAGACUUAAUUAAUCAAGUCUGCUGGAGCAUGCUAAUUAAUAUGCUCCAGCAGCCUCCUCAUCUCACAUUCAGCAUCCCCAUGCUUCAAAAUAGCAGCAGGGGUGCUUUAAAGCUCGUUGAAUGAGCUUUAGUUAAAGUGCCCCUGCCGCCAUUUUGAAGUGCAGGAUGCUGAAUACAUGAGGCACUGUGGGGGCUUCUAUUGAGAGUGGCUCUUACAGAGCACAUGUAAAGACAUCCGCUGUUACACAGUUAGGUGCAGCUCAUAUUUUCUUUUCACUGUGGUAAAUUUAUUAGAUUGUAAUAUAUUAAAAUUAUAAUAAUUCAUAGAGCUAUGUUCUGCAAGAACAAAAGAAUCCCUUUUCAUAACUUCAUUCUUUUCUCCUACAGUGGAAGGAGCAUGUUAGUGUAGGUCUCCUUUUAUAAUAAAUUAUUUAUACAAAGCUAGUUUCUGUACCAUGAGGGGUUGUAAUAUGGAAAAAUAAGCAACAAUAUUUAACUGAAUGUCGAUAUUAAUGUAGAAAUAAAGCUAAGGAAGCAAAGAUUGAAAAAAAAUGAGCGUGGAGAGAAAAUGUUCUUUCUCUGCUUCUCCCUCCAGCAUGACCUUAUGCAUUAUAUGUUAAUGUGUAUAGCUUUAUUUUUAAAACUUUGUCUUAAAUAUUAUAGCUGGCUUUCAUUGUGGUUUUGAAGCUGUCUUUAGUGUUCGGCCAUUACAUGAUGAUGCCUGACUUGACAGCCUAGUCUCUGACUUGCUUCUGAAUGAGAAAAAUUCUGAGGCAGAAUGAUGUAUUAACAGUUCUGUGCGUAAUAAACUUAUUCUUCAAAGUAGUGUCAGAAAGAUGAUUUGAAAACUUGUAUCCUUAGAAGUGAUUAGCAGAGGAUUUUUUUAAAUUUGGUUUGGAGUGCUUUAGCACUUUUCUCUUUCCUAAUGAUUUUUUAAAUGUUAAAGUUGUCAGAAAUGCUAGCUUUUGGUCUUCUCAAGUCUUAAUAUCUGAGAUGUUUACUCUGAAUUCCAACCCCUAUUUUGAUAAUUCAAAGAAGGUAAAUCUUUAACGCAGGCUUAUUUGUUCCAACUUGUUAAGUAGCCAUUCCAGUUAUAUUAACGAAGACUUAUACGUUUAGUCACUUCACAGAUACUAUUCUCAGUUGCUCAGCUUUUACUUCCUUGAUUUUUCUGAUAAUAUCGGUUUUCCAGUGAGCAGCCCUUGUAGUUGGGACCAGAAGGGGGAAAACAGUGUGUAGGCCUGUUUUUUAACUUGCAAGUUAAAUGUAAAUGAGUAAAUAUAAUUACAGUAUUUAUUAACUGUUCAAGAAACUAACACAUGCAGUAGAAGGAUAAAAAAAAUAAAAUGGAUUAUAGAAAAAUGAUAAAUAGUAACAGACAUUAUCAUACCAUUAGAAAAUGUUAUUAAAGACAAAGAUAGA